UUAUUUCAGAUUUAUAAUUUAACAUAAAUCUUGAAAUAUGGACCAAAUAACAGACUCUUCAAUGGCAGAAGGGUCAGAUGGAAAUGGCACGACCUCUGACCCUGAUGUGAAAGGUGAUAAUACGGCAGAAGGAACAGAUGAGAUGGACUUGACCUCUGACUCUGAGGUGAAAAGUCACAGGAAGAAGGAACCAUUUCCCAGAGAAGACUUCAACCCCGAUGAAUGGGAAUUAGUCGAAGAAGACAAUUGUUUAAUCGAAUUGCAUGGAGUCGCGCGUAAAAAUUAUCUCAAAAAAUGUGAUAAAGAUCGAGUGAAACUUAUCGGAUUAUUUGAUGAAAACGGAAAAAUGUUUCUACAAUUGGAUGAACUUAUUUUUAUGGGUGAACCGACAGAAACGUUUGGCACCAACGCACUUUUUGAGGAAUAUUAUUCCGACGGGGAAUCUAGUGAGGAUGAGGACACAUUCCGUACCGUGACACCGACUCCAGGAAAACAGAAAGUUAAAUUACGUUAUUUAACGCACACAGAAAAAAAGAUUUCAAUGUAUAGGGCCUUGUUAGUAGACAAGACGGUAGAUGAAAAAAGUGAAUCUCAAUGAUUAGGGUUUUCCCCCAUAUUGGCUAUUUUCAAUUUUUUCCUGGGGGGAGAUAUGGACUCUUUUUCAUCCUUUGAUUUGUAUUAUGUUGUCAUGGUUUUGUAUUAUGGCAUUCAUGGUAUUAUUGCAUCACAUUUUUUAAAAUUGUACUCAAAUUCGUCCGAUGAUUAACUUCCAAUGAAAUUGCCCUGUUUUUAAAUAACUCAGCCAUUUAUUUUUCAUUGGAUGCCAAAUUCACUUAUUCUGGUCUUUCUAAAAAUUUUAGUUAUUUUAUUUUACGAAUCAGUGACCCCUUUAUAUUGUUAUUGGGUAUUGUUCAAAGUGCAAUGUGUGAAAUGACAUAUGAAACGUGCAAAGUGUGGAUAUGGGGGUCUCACUAUUAGUAAGGUAGAAGUCUCCCAAGCGCUCCAAAGUUGAUUGAACGAGGCGGAAGGAUAUUCACGAUCUGGGAGAGGGGAGCGCACGAAUGUGGCAGAAGCCGGUAUAGUUGAAUUAUUAUUAACAUACAUGUGCGUCAGUCUGAGUCAUCCAAGUCAAUCAAUCACUGAUUUCUAUUACAUGAGUUGGGUUACUUGUAAUCUUUGAUAAAUAUUGUCUUGACUCUUCAGUCCACAGCACUGGUUACCAGUCCAGCAAGGGUUUUAGAAUAUUUUGGUCACAUUGUUAUAGACUCAUGAUCUUUGGAUUUCGUUUUUUAAAUUAUUUCUUGUUCAUUUUUUUAGA